AUGUCUGAACAUGUCCACGGACACGGAGGCCGUUCGGCGCCUGGCCCUUUUGGAUGUGAUCAUGGUGCUGGAAAUUCGGGUUUUCAUUUCGAAUGGCCAGACUUGCCCCCGACCUUUGAAGGGUCCACGACUUCAUUGCCCUCGCAACCUUUGGUGCCGCAAAGGAUACAUCGCCAAACUACGAUGCCUGAUAAGGCUGGCCCCCCGAGUUCGGAUGUUCUAGCAGCCGCAUCGAUGCUUUAUCAAAAUGGAAUGAACGGCAAUGAUUAUUCGUCGACGUUUACGAGUCAAAUAUUUACUGAAAACGGGUUAGAGGAUCUAAGUUCGCACCAGGCACACAUUAAACAGGCGCGGUAUGGGCUUGGGGAAGAGAAUCGAAGACUUCGUUUCAACUCUACACGAAGAAACCACACGUACACCGAUACGGCCUUCCCCCCCAAAGCAGGACCUGAUACUGAAUCAGAACCAGCCCCUCAUAAAGAACAAAUAUUCGGUCCUUUGAGAUGGGGCUCGGAUGCCGGAUUUGCAGAACAAGGAUAUCAAGUCCCGGCUGACCAGCCAACCAUGGAAGAGAGGACGACUGAGAUACUCCACAAUUUAGAGUGUUUCGAAUCCCAGAGUAGCGCUCCAAAUACUCGGCCCUCGAGUCCUAAUCCUCGACGACGUCCCGGCCGUAAUGGCUCCGGAUUGGGCGCUCUCCGAAGCCCGGAUUCUUUCCAGCAGUCUUCGCCGAUUGAUAGAACAGAUCCGGACGAUGAAACCCGGCCGUCAAAAAGACGGAAGAAUAAGGGACGACUAAAGGAUGAAGAAGACGAUUAUCUUCAGCCUUCCCUCGGCCGACCUUCCAAUUCUCGACGAGACCGACGAUGGUCGUCGAAUAGUGGCGCCCAGUCGCGCAGAUCAAAGAUUCACGUGAUCAAGCCGCCUCGUGAAAAUCUCUCGGAGGAACAGAAGCGAGCGAACCACAUUCUAUCGGAGCAAAAGCGCCGAAACCUCAUCAAGCAAGGGUUUGAUGAAUUAUGUGGGCUUGUCCCUGACCUGAGAGGUGGCGGGUUUAGCAAAAGCACCAUGCUCGCGCAGGCAGGUGACUGGCUACAAGACCUGCUUGAAGGAAAUGAGAUUCUCAAGCAUCAGUUAGAAGAUUUGAAAGCGCAAACCGGUGGAUGA